AUGGAAUUUAAUGUACAAAAGAGUGUGUUUGAAUUAGUAAAACUAUCUUUUCCAUAAUACACAGAAGAAACUACAUUAAUAAAUUAUAAGACAUAUUUAUAUAGGAUUUUGAAUUUAAAAACUAAAUAUUAAGAAGUAGAUGAUAACAUAAUAGAUAAGGAAAUAAAUGAAAAUGAUAAUGUAUAAGUAAAAUACUAUAAAAAUAGAAAGUACUCUAAAAGAGAUUAAGAGAAUGCUUAACAAAAGUACUGAAAUCUAAUAUUCAAAAAAAUUAAGAAAUAAUUCAUUUUAUAAUCAGAGUAAGUUAAUUAGGAAAAUAAGAAAUCUUGAACAACAGUUAAGUAUAGCUACUGUUUGAAGAUUCAAAUAAAAUUAAGUCUUCAAUGGAUAUUGAAAAUCAAUAGACAACUAAUCAAACUAUCACCAAACUAGAUAAUAGUUUAAUCAAAAGUAUAAUACUAGACAAAUAGCAAGUAAUAAAUUACAAAAAUAUAGAAUAGUAUAACUUAGGAAGUGAAUGAUAGAGAUCUAAUGAAAGAUAUACUAUUUUGCCUUUAGGGAAUAGAAGGCUAGUAUAUUAAGUAUGAUGCAUCAUCAGAUACUUUUUGCCUAAGGAAAGAUGUUAAUAUUUCAAUAUCAGUACGACAACUAGUAAACUUGAUUUCUGAAUGCGGGUGGUUAUACAAGAACAUCUCCUCUUUUUGUCAGGUCCAAUAACCAAACCUGAUAGUUUAAGCACUUCAAAAUGCGAUAAAAUUAGAAUUGUCAGAAUAUUAUAAAUUGAUAGCAAAUCUUGAAGGUAUGAUCCUGUCUUCAUAAUGUAAUGUAACAUUAUUAUUUAGUAAUCACAUUUAAGAGAAUUCACUUCCAUCUCCAAUCCUCAUAUGACUAUAUGAUUCUAAUAAAUCAAUUACUUUCAAUUAUUCAAAGUAAUACUCCCCUUGGAACUACAUCUUGUUUAAUUAUAAAUGUUUUGGAUCAAUUUUCAAAGCAUGGAUGCUCUCAUAUAGCAGAACUAUUCGUACGUCUAUAAUAGGUAAGUAGUUAGCCAUUAAUGAAGUAUAUAAAUGAAUGGAUCUUUGAAGGAAAUCUAUUGGAUAUAGCUAAUGAAUUCUUUAUAGAAAAGGAUGAUUAAAAGGCAAUAACUAAGGAUUAAGGAGAGUUAUGGAGAAAAUAAUAUAGAAUUAAUUACGACAAGGUUCCAGUUGUCAUUUCUUAUGAUGAAGCUUAUAAAAUCUAUGACACUGGUAGAACUAUAAAUUGGUUGAGAAAAUAAUGUGAUAAUAGGAACUGGCAUUUAAAAAUAUAGCCACUUACCAUAAAUAUGCUUUAGACAAAGGAAUUAUCAUAAUUAAUAAAUUAAGCUAACAAAAACACAAAUACUCAAUUAAUUAAUUUAUUAUUUGGCAAAUUCAAAUUAAUAGAUCAUUUCAAUAUUAUUAAAUAGUAUUUUCUUUUGGGUAAUGGUAAUUUCUCUCAAUUAUUGAUUGAAACCUUAUAUAAGGAGUUAUCAAAAAAAGGUCAUUUAGUUUAUAAACAUACUUUGACUGGGCUAGUUGAAUCCACACUCAGGAUGAGCAAUGCAAAUUAGAUUGUGUUAUAGAGAUUGUCAGUUAAAUUGCUGGAAGCCCAAAAAAAUGAUAUAGGUUGGGACAUCUUUUGUUUAGAUUAUGAAUUUGAAGAACCACUAAAAACAAUAUUUAAUCACAAGACUAUGCUAAAUUAUUAUAAAAUAUUCAAUUAUUUAUGGCGUAUUAAAAGAGUGGAAUAUACUCUAAUCUAAUCAUGGAUGCAAUAAAUUAAAAACAAAUGCUAUUUAAACGUUAAGUCGAAUGUAAAUAAGGCUCUUCAUUUGAGUUUGUAAAUCAUGAAUUCAAUGAUCCAUUUCAUUAAAAGUUUCUUUAGUUACUUGAUGUUAGAUGCAAUUGAAACUCCUUGGAAAAAGUUCAUGGAUUAAAUUAAUUAAAUAGAAAAUUUAGAUCAUCUCAUACAAUCACACGAAAAUUUGUUGGAUGAAAUCAUUGAUAAAGUAUUUUUGCAUUAAAAACAAGAAUAAAUUCAGAUAAUCUUACUGAAACUAUUCGAGAUUUCAUUCAGAUAUAAAUAGAAUUUAGAACAUCUAUUUCUGUAUGUGAGAGAAUUGAUGGCUAAGGAAAGAAGCGAUAAGUUUGAGUAAUCAAUAGGUCCAAAAGUAUCAUAUAAAAAUAUAUCAACCGACAAUAUUAACAUUGAUCAGGAGUUUAAAGGAUAAGAAAUUAUUAAAUUAUUAUUACAAUUAAGAUAAAUGUAUAGAGAGUAAAUGUUGGAAUUAAUCAAGCAUCUAUAAAAUGAAGAAAAAAUGAAGUUUUUGUUAUUGAAACUUGAUUUUAAUGAAUACUACAACUAAUUAUCAUAAGAAAAUCUAUUUUCAUAAGGAUUUGAAAGGUAAAAUUUAUUAUAAAUAUUACAGAUUUUUACAAUAAUAUAUUCCCAUCCAAAUAAAUGAAACUGGCAGCCAGAAAUUAAUAUCCGAAUAGCCUCAAAGCUAAUAAUUAUAACCUUUAAUCCCACAAUUAAGCCAAAAUUCAAUGACCUUUAUUUAGCAAGAUUAUAUUUAGAUUAAUGAAGGAAGUAUUUAUCUCUUUUAUCAUAAGUAAAACUUUUAGAAGAAUAAAAAAAAUAGAAAAAACUAAAGUAAAAAUAAUAGCUUUAAUCCUUGUAAAACGAAGCAACUUCUGAGUUAUAAAAUCCUAAGUCCAAACCUCCGAUGCCAUUUCCAUAACCAUACUAACCUAUAAUUACUAUGAGGUCUAUUAAUCAAUAAUCUUUAAUUGCUAGUAAUAUUCUCCAAUCUUAAUCUUCAAAGAACGUCUAAUAAUAACUUUCAUAAUAAAUUCUACAAUAGAUAUACCUAAACCAAACAAUGCAAUAGUUGCAAUAAUAAUAGAUGUAACAACAAUAGCAAUAUGAAUACUUAUAACAACAAGCUAAACCUUAAUUACCCCAAAAAUAGAUUACUUCAACAUCGUAAAUACACUAGAUCUAGCCUUCAGCUCAACCAAAUUUUAAUAAUUCUAUCCCCAUUUUCCAAAAUCAGAGCUAAUCUUAAAUUAGUGUAUUAUAACCUAGUAGAUAUGAUAUGUCAUUAUCGCAAGAUGAAAACUUACAAUCACUAUUGGAUAAAGAAUUUUGUUUUCACGAUGAUAGUAGUGAUGGAGAUUUAAUUUGA